UUUUGAUGAGUUGUCAUCAGUUGUCAUUUAAUGUCAAAAUUUUAUCUAACCUCUUUUUCAUUUCCAUAAAAUUUACAGCCUUCAAAAUAGGUUUCUUUGGAGUAUUAAAACACUUUUUGUUACCAAAAAGGAUGGAGGAUUAUGAAGAAAUUAAGAAACUCCUGGAGGAAAAUAAUCAAGCUCAUGUACUUAAAUACUGGAACGAAUUGUCAGAGGAACAACAAAAGGAGUUUCUACUACAUUUAAAAAGUUUUAAUUUCAAAGAUGCCUGCAUGCUGUGGGAUAAAAUACAAGAGAAUGAAAAAACUGAUAAAGAAGAUAAUAAUGAUAUUCUUCCUGUAGAAGCACAGGUAGAAAAAGAUUUUUCAAAUGAUGAUAUCGAAGAAUACAGAACAGUAGGGUUGGAAGAAAUAGGUAACGGUAAAGUUGCAGUCAUAGUGUUAGCUGGAGGACAAGGUACAAGAUUGGGAAUGUCUUAUCCAAAAGGAAUGUGCCCAACCGGUAUUCCCUCAGGGAAAACGCUUUUUCAGUUGCAAGCUGAAAGAAUAUUAAGACUUCAAGAAAUAGUUAAAGAAAGAAUAGGUAAAGAAAGUAUUAUUUAUUGGUAUUUUAUGACAAGUGAACCCACACAUAUGUUAACUGAAAAAUUCUUAGAACAGAAUCAGUAUUUUAAGCUAAAAAAAGAAAAUGUAAAAUUAUUUAAGCAAGGUUUAGUUCCUUGCUUUGAUAUGGAAGGAAAAUUUAUAUUAGAAGAAAAAGAUGGCAUUGCAUUGUCUCCUGAUGGUAAUGGUGGAUUAUAUAAAGCGUUAAAACAACAUGGUAUCUUGGAUGAUAUGGAUGAAAAAGGAAUUAAAUUUGUUCAUGUUCAUAGUGUAGAUAAUAUUUUAAUAAAAGUAGCUGAUCCAGUGUUUAUUGGCAAAUGUAUAAAAGAUAAAGUAGAUUGUGGAUUUAAAGUAAUAAAAAAAAUUGAUCCUAAUGAGCCUCUAGGAGUGGUUGUAAGAGUAAAUAAUAAACUAAAGGUUGUGGAAUAUAGUGAACUACCAAUUAAUAUGGCAACUUUAGAACAUCCUUCUGGUAAUGGUUUAUUAUUUAACAGUGGCAAUAUAUGCAAUCACUUUUUUACUGUUGAUUUUCUAAAACUAAUAGUUGAUGAGCACGAGAAAGAUUUAAAGGUCCACAGAGCAAAUAAAAUAAUAACACAAAUUGGCCCUGAUGGUGAUAAAAUAAGGCCAAUACAGCCAAAUUGUAUAAAAGUGGAAAAAUUUAUAUUUGAUGUCAUAAGUUACAGUCAGAAUUUUUUGGCAUGGCAGACAGAGAGAGUAGAGGAAUUCUCCCCUAUAAAAAAUAGUGAUUUAUCUAAGAAAGACUGUUUUAAUACAGCUAAAAUAGACUUGUUAUCGUUACACAAAUCCUGGGUAGAAAAGAAAGGAGGCAUAUGUAAAGGAAUAGGAUUGGAAGUUUCGCCAUUGGCAUCAUAUGGGGGUGAAGGACUUGAGUUUGUUAAAGGAAAGGAAUUCUGUGAAGAAGAUGUUAUUUUUAGCAAAGCAGAGAAACAAAAUAGUUAAGACUACUUAAAAGUAUUAAAUUAAUUCCUUUUUUUGAAGUAUUUUUUACAAAAUCAAAUUUUGUUAUUAAUUUAUUUUCUUUGAGUAUGUAUAUAUAUAUUGUUUUAUUAAUAAAUUUUUAAGAAUAUGGGUA